UAAUUUGAUCGAAUAGAAGUUUCGUAGUGUUUAGUCUGUUACACAUAUGUUAAUGUACUGAUAUAAGUGGAUGGCUUUCCGAAAAACAACUCAGCUAUGCCUGUCGUUCACAGGCGUAUCUGCCCUCUCAUUGGCUAGAAUGGUCCCACCCGAUCUCACUUGCCUACACCCAAUUGUGGACAUGUAUUUCCAUUGUUAGAGCGGUCACUCGGCUAUCUUGUCAAUAUAAUAGAUCAUCUUUGGCGUUGUGCAGUUGUAGACUACGGAAACCGAAAGAAGCUCAAAUUUAGAGAUCCAUGAGAAAAAAAUACUAAUUUGAGCUACCUUUCCGAUAUAAAAGAUGGUCUAAGGGAGAAGAUAAAAUGUCAUUUGGUAACAAAUAGUAAGAAUGAAAUAUGGCAUGUAUAUCUACACUUGGGGACUAAACCAACAGCAGACCUUAAGCAAGGCACAUCGCAGAUAAUACAGAAGCAAAGGAGACAUCAUAGAGAUUAUAUUAUACUUUUGGAGCUGCAUUCAGUAAUUGGACCUAUACCAACUAUUGUUAUCAGUUGAAUUGGAUCUCUUUUGGUCAGACUACAUGAACAUGAUUGGGAAAACUCUUUUGCUAGUCUGUCUGGCUGUCUUCUUUUCUGCAGCAGACGCAGCGGACCAAUCCAGACUCUACAGGAGGCCAUCUUGUGGGGAUAUGAGCCAAUCCCAGGCAUGCCCGCUCAACUACUCCCCAGUGUGCGGUAAUGAUGGAAACACUUAUCCCAACGAGUGUUCUCUGUGUGUUCACCGGCUGGAAACCAAUGCAGACAUCUUGAUAGUGAAAGACGGAAGUUGCUGAAGAGUAGCCUAAUCAAGUACAGAUGAUUCCGCUGUGAAUGUGAUACUAUUAUCACAUUUAUCUUUGAUUCUUUCUGUGAUUGUAUUAGUCGUUUUUUAUGGAACACUCAUGCACAGUACACACACACACACACACACACACACACACACACACACACACACAAUCAUUUAUAAUCAUAUUGAUUUGUAUUAAAUCUUAACACUAUCUUUGUAAAGAAUAAAUCGAUUUCAGUCCCAGCUCCUGUGGAAUAUUUUAUCACUAAAGGUCC